AUGCGUAUCUCACGCGUCAAAAACGAUGAGAAUGUACCUCCUCAUGGCACUCUUGCAAAAGCCUUUCACCAGCGCAAUAAAUCCAGCCCAGCCCUGACCUCUUUUCCUGGCGGUCAUUCUCUCAAGACUGCGGCGAAACGUAACGUCUUUGCAGACGUAAGCAACACUGCCUCCGUCAUCAGAGAUGAUUCUAUUCUCCAUACAAAGCCUGCCCUCCAGCCCACCGUGAAGCACGCUCCCACCUUGAACGAAAGAAGAUCUGUCGCUCUCCUCAAACCUGCACAGAGACCCUUCUCCCUGACGGGUCUCAAGCCCGUAACAGCAGCCGGCAACGGCCAUGCCGCUUCAGACUAUGUCCCAAAGGCAGAACUUGGAGAGAAUAAUGCAACGCAACAACAGAACCAAAGAAAGGCCUUGAGCAAGCGGCCAACGAUGAUCUUCAAGGACAAUCCUACGGCUGCAGUUCCAGAUAAUACUCUGAACACUCUCAUCCCUGUCACGUCUUGCAUACCAUCGAUCAAUGCUCAGGUUGAGAAUUUGGCCGGACCCAAUCUUGAUGAUCUUCCUAUCCUCCCACCGCCGUCUUCAAUUACUCAACGUCCUGCUGAACCCACCAAGGCAGUACACGAAGCCAGAUCCGACACCAGUCUCCCAGAAAUCCACGGAGUCAGUUUAGAACCUGCGCCUCUGUACAGUGAAACACAUGAAGCAUGCAUUCAUGAGGUUGCACCAGUGAUGGAACCAUCAAAGCCCCAGGUCAUAUUACCACAAGUGGUAGAUAGCGAACCACCCAAAACACAUGCACCGCUGCACGAUAUCAGCGCGGUCGCUCCCAAGGCAGCUGAAACGAAACAAGUCUCCGUCGCAAGCCUAAUCAAUCCUGUGAACCAUAUCCCUGCUUUGAAUCCUCAUCAUACUGAGUAUGAACAGGCUAUGGAGCCUGAAGAGUACUGGGAUGAUGAUGACGACGAGAAUUAUGAAGAGGAAGGUUACGUGACUGCAAGAUCAUUUCGGUCCAAAGGUGACAACACCACCGGAGGUACUACCCUAGUCCUUUUCCCCCAGGUCAACAACCGCGUCCGCAAGGAAAUAUCUGCCGCCAAACAGCUGGUGGAGGCCACCAGGUCUCCUGAAGAGAUUGAAGACGAAAGUUACGAUACCAGCAUGGUUGCCGAAUACGGAGAUGAGAUCUUUGACUAUAUGAGACAUCUUGAAGUGAAGAUGCUUCCUAAUGCCCACUACAUGGACAACCAGCAUGAGAUCCAGUGGUCCAUGCGCUCCGUUUUGAUGGACUGGCUAGUUCAAGUUCACCAUCGCUUCAACCUCCUACCCGAAACGUUAUUUCUUUGUGUCAACUACAUUGAUCGCUUCCUGUCUUGCAAAGUCGUUUCUCUUGCAAAGUUGCAGCUUGUGGGAGCAACAGCUAUCUUCAUCGCUGCCAAGUAUGAAGAGAUCAACUGCCCGUCGGUGCAAGAGAUUGUUUACAUGGUUGAUGGGGGCUAUACAAUCGAUGAGAUCCUCAAGGCAGAACGUUUUAUGUUAACCAUGCUGCAAUUCGAGCUGGGCUGGCCGGGUCCAAUGAGCUUCUUGCGGAGAAUUAGCAAGGCAGACGAUUACGACUUGGAGACACGGACUCUGGCAAAGUAUUUUCUGGAAGUGACAUUGAUGGAUGAGCGUUUUAUUGGAAGCCCUCCGAGCUUCACCGCCGCGGCAUCACAUUGUCUCUCUCGCAUGAUGCUUCGCAAGGGCACAUGGUCUCCCCACCAUGUCUACUAUUCCGGGUACACCUUCUCUCAACUCAAGGCACUUCUAAAUCUGCUUCUGGAGUGUUGCGAAGACCCUCGAAAGCACCAUGCUGCCGUCUACAACAAGUAUUGCGACAAACGCUACAAGAGAGCAUCAGCAUUCGUCGAGACAGAGAUGCAGCGAGGCUUCCAACUGCCAGACCCGGUCGCAAUCGCUGCUUUAUCACAGCCACCUACCAUUGAAUACUAUGAUAGCGUUUCAUUCUUCCGAGUCUGA